UCUUUAUUCUUCGCUCUUAUUGAUCUUUCUCGGUUCAUGCGAACUUUCCUACCCUCAUUUAGCCAUGGAAGUUGGGUCUGGAAGCGGUGACAAAGCUGGGUUUUUCACUCAAGGACGCUGGUGGCUCAAGGCCUUGCCUGCGAAGUUCAAAGCUAACAUGGUUGCUAUGGUUAGGAACAUAAAGAAACUUGGACAAGAUGAUCCAAGAAGAGUUAUUCAUUCACUAAAAGUUGGACUAGCACUUACAUUGGUAUCAAUGUUCUACUACUGUCAGCCACUUUACAGUAAUUUUGGUGUCACUGCAAUGUGGGCUAUCAUGACUGUUGUUGUUGUCUUUGAAUUCUCUGUGGGGGCUACUCUUGGAAAAGGAUUGAAUAGAGGAAUGGCAACGCUAAUGGCUGGUGGACUAGGUGUUGGAGCACAUCACCUAGCAAACCUCUCUGGACAUAUUGGAGAACCCAUACUACUUGGGUUCUUUGUCUUUCUGCAAGCUACAAUAUCAACAUUUUUAAGGUUCUUUCCGAAAAUUAAAUCGAGAUAUGAUUAUGGGAUGUUAAUAUUCAUAUUGACCUUCUCUUUGAUAUCGGUAUCUGGUUAUCGAGACGAUGAAAUAUUAGAGUUCGCACAUAAGAGAUUAUCAACCAUCAGCAUUGGUGGUUCUGCUUGUGUCAUCAUUUCUACUGUGGUUUGCCCUGUGUGGGCUGGUGAAGAUCUUCACAAUCUGAUUGCCCUCAACAUUGAAAAGCUUGGCAACUUCUUAGAAGGAUUUGGUGAUGAAUACUUCAAAAGAACAGGGGGUGAAGAGAGCAAAGACGACAAGAAAUUUUUGGAAGGAUACAAAAGUGUUCUCAAUUCAAAAAAUAGUGAAGAAUCCUUGGCUAAUUUUGCUGCAUGGGAGCCAGGUCAUGGUCGGUUCCCAUUUCGACAUCCAUGGAAACUAUACCUGAAAGUUGGGACUCUGGCUCGAGAAUGUGCCUACCGAAUUGAAGCAUUGAAUGGAUGCUUAAAUGCUGAAAUUCAGGCAUCAUCAGAAGUUGGUAGCAUAAUUCAGGAAGCAUGCACAAAUUUGAGCAUAGAAUCUGGAAAAGCACUAAAGGAACUUGCAUUGGCAAUCAAAAUAAUGGUGCAGCCAUCUUCUGCAGAUUCCCACAUUGAAAAUGCAAAAUCUGCUGCCAAAAACCUCAAAUCUUUACUCAAAUCAGGCAUAUGGGAAGACAUUGACCUGCUGAAAGUUAUACCAGGGGUUACAGUAGCUUCAAUACUUAUUGAUGUGGUCACAUGCACUGAAAAAAUUGCUGAAUCCAUACAUGAACUUGCCUCCAAAGCCCAAUUUAAGAGUGUAGAGCCAACUCUAUCAACAGAAAAGUUGCAUUCAGGACAAAUUCAGAGUGUAAAAUCAGCUCAGAUGGUCAAUUGCUCCCAUGUUGUCAUCAAUGUCGGUGAAUCAACUCUGCCUUCCCCACCAAGUGAGAGUUCUUCAGCACGAAACGCUAGCAAGCAAAGGAUGGAAGUGUAAAAAUAUGUGACUAUCAUAUUAUG